AUGAGUGAUGGCCCUUCUGGAGCUGCUGAGCACAAGGGAUAUCACUACUUCACAAAUGACCAGUACAAUCAGAUUCUAAAUCUGUUGAACAAGGAAUCACAUCCUGAGUCAAGCAUAGCAAACAUGGCAGGUCCAGGAACAAGUGCAGGAACAGGUCCAGGAACAAGUGCAGGAGCAGCUGAGGUUAAAUGUAUGAUGAGCAAUUUAACACAAAAAUCACAGGAGAAGGAAUGGGUUGUAGAUUCAGGUGCUACUCAUCACAUCACCUCUGAUUUAGAGCUAUUAUCAGAUGUUAAAUGCACAAAGAAAACUGAUAAAGAUAAAGUACAUCUUCCAACUGGAGAGCAAGCUGAUAUUACUCAUAUUGGUAGUGCAAUUCUAUUAUACAAGAGAGAGAUCAAAGAUGAUCUUUGGAAUGGCAAGGUGAAGGGGAUUGGUAAAGAAAGAGGAUCCUUUUAUGUACACAGAGGUUUAGCUAACAGAAUAAAUGCACUCAAUGCUUUAAAAUCUGAAGCAAUAGUGGCAAUAAGACAGUUCAUUUGCAUGGUUCAAAAUCAGUUUGGUAUUGUGAUCAAGGCUUGGCAUAAUUCAUCAAAGCAGCUGCCCUUACACUCCACAACAGAAUGGCAUAGUGGAGAGCGACACAGAUAUAUACUUGACACUGCAAGGGCUUUGAAGUUUCAGGGUUCAAUUCCAACCAGAUACUGGGGAAUGUGUGUUAAGACAGCAAUAUAUUUGAUCAACAGGUUGCCAUCAAGUAUUCUGGGGGGCAAAACUCCAUAUGAGUUGUUGUACCACAAGAAUGCUAAUAUAUCACAUCUAAGGACUAUAGGUUGUUUGUGCUAUGCAACAAAUCUAGUCAAAACAGAUAAGUUUGCAGAGAGAGCCAAGGCAGCCAUUCUCAUGGGGUACUCUGAGACACAGAAGGGUUACAUGCUGCUUGAUUUGGCCACAAAGCAGUUCUUUACAAGUAGGGAUGUCAUAUUCAAGGAAUCAGAAUUUCCUUUCUCUAAGAAGGAUGAGAACAGAUCACAUGAUUCACAGGAGCACAUGGCUCAGUGA